CACACACACACAGAGCCUCCCAGACUUAGCCUAAGCCUCACUUGGGAGAGAAGCAUUCUUCUCUCUGCUCUUGGAGCUGCUUUCUGUUGCUUCCCCGCCCAUGUGUGCUGUCAGCAGCACCAGCAAAGUUGGCCUCAAACUUGAACGGGGCUGAAGGCUCCAGCUUCCUGGAGCUCCACGGGGGCAGCAGGCAGGCCCCAGCCUCUGAACUCAGCUGGCCUGGAGAAGCUGGCCCUUGCUCCCCUGGCUGACACUUCUGCCCCUGACCUGUAGGUCCUCAGUCUGGGCUGAGGAAUGGUGCGCUGAGGUCCCUCUGGAGACCUUCGUCCCGGCCUGGAGCUGGAGCAGCCCAAGGCUCAGGCCAACAUGGCCAACCCUGUGCAGCCUCAGUUUCCUCCUGCACGGGAGCCAGGCACUGCCUCACCCCUGGACCUGCCGGAGAUGGAGAAGCUCCUCACCAAGGUGGACGACAAGGCUGACAAGUCCCUGAAGCUGUCCAAGUCCCUUUCAGGGGCUCUGGACUUGGAUCAGAAUGGCCACGGCCUGCCCUUCAAGGUGAUAUCCGAGGGGCACCAGGAGGCCACACUCCCCCUGUCGCCCUCUCGGGCCAGCUCGAGGCGGGCCUCCUCUGUUGCCACCACCUCGUAUGCCCAGGACCAAGAAAUCCCCAAAGAUUACCUCAUCCUUGCCAUCGCUUCCUGCUUCUGCCCCGUCUGGCCCCUCAACCUCAUCCCCCUCAUCUUUUCUAUCAUGUCUCGAAGUAGCGUGCAGCAGGGGGACCUGGACGGGGCCCGGAGGCUGGGCCGCCUGGCCCGGCUGCUCAGCAUCACCUUCAUCAUCAUGGGCAUCAUCAUCAUCAUCGUGGCCGUGACUGUCAACUUCACAGGUGAGGCCCCGCCACAUGGAGCGGAGGGAGCCAGCUUGCUUGGUGUGAGGACUGUGGAAGGGUGUAGCCCAGCUCUGUGGAACAGCGGUGGAGGGUUAAAAUUCAGCAGAAAUAAAAAGAACCAGGCGCCGUGCUCGCGGAGGCAGGCCCUGCCCAGCUGGAAUGCUCAAACCCACACCCGCCCCACACCACGGGAGGACAGGGCGGUGACUGCCGAGCGCCCACCUGUCCCCGAGCUCCAAAAGCACAAACUCGGAGGGAAAGCCCCAAGUCACGCUACCGUCAACCACAUCAGAUAG